AUGGCGGAUCGUGGUGAGCCGACGGUGCCUGCCGCUGCUCCCUUGCCAACGGGCGCGUCGGCUCCCACGCGCGAGAAAAAGCGCCGGCGCCGGACGCGCCCACACGAAGUUGACAUACUCAUGUCAGCGUAUGUGCAGAACGCUUUCCCCAACGAAAAGACACGCGAUCGGCUCGCAAGCUUGAACCGCCGCCAGGCCGAAAAGAAACGCUCGCUUCGCUACAAUGCACAUGCAUGCAUGCCUCCCGUGGCUAUGGGGACUCUGCGCGCUGAGCCACAUACCCUUCAGCGGUCGCAGUCCACGACCGUGGCUCCUCCUACGCUGUCUCUACCACCGCGCGAGCCCUUUCGACGUGUUGCCAGUACACCCUGUGUCUCCCUGGUGACCACAUCCGGUGGUCGCGCGGCUCUGGGCGAGGCAGCUAUGGACCCUGUUACGCACGCUGAGAAGUUGCCCUGUGCCCUGGCCAGCACUCGAGAGGGGCAUUGCAUCAUUGCUGGCGGACCUUGUCAUGAUGAGCGCGCUAUCUGGCAGCGCAUGGAAAGCUCCAGUGCACUGGGAAGCUGCACCAGCGACGUGGAUGACAUGCAGCCGGCCCCUGCUGGUGACGAGGACGAUGAGGAGUGCACGCUGCGUCGCCUCGCCCAGAAACGCCUCCUGCGCCUGCAAAGACGCCAGCGCGCUCUUAGUGCCAAUGAGGCUAAGCGUCCUGAAACGGAUGCCCGUUUGGUGAUGCAAGAGCGCGUGGGUCUUCGUCGCACAGAGAGUAUGAAGCGGAAGCCCUCGCUGAGCCUAGAACUAGCCACGGAUCGCGAUGUAUUUGCGGACAAAGAAAACAUGGUGCCCACCACGCUAAAGCAGGCAGAUAAUGUCGCUGCUCGUCCGCUACCUGAGGCUGCUCAUUACUAUACACAUCCGCCGGCUCGCAUGGCCACAACAAUGCAUCGCUCUCUGUCUGCCACGCAUACCAAGCCCUCGAGCAUCCACUGGGCACGCACUUCCAGCACGCGCAGCGAUGUGAGUACAAAAGAGGACGUGCAUGAUGACAGUGGCUUCUUUGACGAGACCGACCGCUCGCCGUCUCAUUCGCCACAGGGCAUACCUAGUUCGAUGGGCUCUUUCACCGAGCACGACCGCCACGCCGUCGAACUGUUGCUUGGCUUGGGCACUGCUCGUUGCCCGUCAUAG